CCUUCUUAAACAAGGGGACCAAACAUGGGCAACGUAACUUCAAGGAAUGUUCCACCGCAGCAACAAACUGUCUUUCAUAGAAAGUUUUACAGGAUUCCUGCUCUUUUCUGCGAGAGAGAAAGUAAAACUCUUCUGGCUUUUGCAGAGCAGAGAACGGCUGAAGAUGACACAAGCUCCGAAAUGCUGGUAAUGAAAAGAGGAGAACUGAAGGAGGAAACCCCUAAUAAGAAGAAAAUCAAGUGGUCAGAGUUUCAACCAGUUAAAGAGGCAAAGAUUGAUGGAUACCGCCCUAUGAAUCCCUGCCCACUGUAUGAUAUAAACAGGAAAGUCCUUUUCCUGUUUUUCAUCUGUGUUGAAGGCACCGUCUCAGAGCAGCAGCAGAAAAACUGCCACACAAACAAAGCCCGUCUCUGCUACAUCACCAGCAAAGAUCUUGGACAAACCUGGACUGAACUUACUGAUCUGACUGACAAACUGCCUGAAACUUGGGACACUUUUGCUGUAGGUCCAGGCCACGGUCUUCAAAUAGAGAAUGGAAGGUUGAUUGUUCCACUCCAUGCUUAUACUUCUGUCAAGAAAUCUUGCUGUGUUUCUGAUCAGAUGCCGUCUUAUCGUGCACUCUCCCUGUACAGUGAUGAUUCUGGUAAAACUUGGCAGUUUGGUAAAAUGUUUGAAGCAGAGUCAAAUGAAUGUCAAAUGGCAGAGUUUUUUGAUAAAAGCGGCAAAAGCAUCAUCUACUGCAACGCUCGCACUGAGGGAGGAUUUAGAGAGGAGCAUGUCAGUGAGGAUAACGGACAUACGUUUUCCAAGCUGAGUGGUGCUCAAAAGCUCGUGGAGACGGGCAGUGGCUGUGAGGGAAGUGUGGUCUCUUUUCCAGCUCAGAAUGAAGAUGUAACAAAUGAUCAGAGUCAGAAAAACAAAUGGCUGCUCUUCACCCACCCAAGUCACCAGUCAAACAGGGUUAGUUUGGGAGUGUAUCUGAACAAAACACUAUGUGAACAAAAGUCAUGGAGCAAAAAGUCACGGAGCAGAAAGUCAUGGAGCAAACCCUGGAUCAUCAGCAGUGGACCCAGUGGUUACUCAGACCUGGCUUACAUUGGUGAGGGUUGGUUUGCUUGUCUGUUGGAGAGUGGGGAGAAGAAAGAAACGGAGCAGAUAGCUUCUGUGGUUUUUAGCUACAAUGAGCUCAAACAAGUCAUUGGAGAGUAAAAGAAAAUAUUUGCUUUUAUCCAGUGCAAGGGCUUGUUUGAUUUUGAUAUCUGUACAAAAAGAUGCAAUAUUUGUAGAGAUCCUACUGUUGCUUAGUGUGUAAUAUCUGUGAAAAUGUGUUAGUAAGAAACAAAUUUGGCCAUAUGCUACUUUUACAAUAACAGUGAGAUUCUCCCACUUACAGGAAACACUGCUGUUGUGGAGAUUUCAACUAAUCAAUAAACACCAUACAGUCAGGAUCAUUGUUUCACGAUCAAGUCUCACUACUUUUACAUUUUUUCAUGUGACACAGCAAUGCUUCUCCUUUAUCUUUGCUAGAAUUAAUUUCCACUACAACACAUAAUAUUUAAUCGUCUAUUAAAAGAAAAAAAAUGCAUUUCUUACUGCAAAUAAAAUUCAAGGUCAAGGUGUCUUGGAAUUUGUCUUAAACAUAGAGGUCUGUUGUGUUAGGAUUUGUUUUUAGUUUUUCAUUUUUAUGUUUUUUAAGGCACUUCUAGCUGAACACUGAAAUUGAUAUCACAUAUUAGUAUUAAAAUAUUGAUAUUAAUAACCAUUUGUUGUGUAAUUAAUGGAUGCGUUGUGUUGACCUGAGUAGAGGGAGAGCAUCAACCCCAGGUUCUGAAGCGUUA